CCCAUUUGUGGCUGAAAGAAUCUCGAAGUCGAUGUCGAGGCCGCGAGAAAAGUGCUGAAGAAAAAGGACUUUUUUUGGAAAUUUGCCAAUGAGAGACCCUGGAACACCGGGUGGUUCAAUUUAGGCCAAGGAUAGACGGCCACACUUCGACGCCUCUCCACCACGCCUGACCAAAUAUCACCUAACGCAAAACUUUGACCAUGAUAUCCAGCAGAGAGAUUGCGCGUGCAGACAGGCCAUCAGCACGAUUUGUUGAAGCUAUCAAAACAUCGCAUGCGUGCACCAAUUCGUAUGCAUCUGUGCUGGUGCAGAUGCAGCUCCCAGCCAUACGAGAAGGUGCAUUUUGCCAUCCAAAUCCCAGACUCCCAACUAUCAUGGAGCUUUUUUGGAGGUUGGAACUUGUGCUGCCACCUUCAGGUCGGGGGUCGUCCAACCCUGUUCCAGAUAUGCCCUUGGGGGUUCAUUGGAGAGACGCGCGACUCUUCCGGUCUCCACCAACAGGUGUGCAGGCUCGCCUGCCCUCCACAUCGCUGCAGCCAAGAAAGGCACUCCAGCGCUGGCAAAUCACAGCGGGCGGAGUCUGGUCUUUUACCCAAAAUGUCCCAGAUAAUCCUGGUUUCAACUUUCUCAACUGGCGCAUGAGCUUGCUUCGACGGACUGAUAUCAGGGAAUUUCGUGCUUGUGGACAGAGGCGGAGGGGUGUGAAAAAAUUCGGCAGGAGGAGAGGCUAGGCUAAGUAGAGACGGAGAAAGCAGAUCGUCCUGCUGCAGCAGAGAGUCUGGUCUGGUUAGUCGUCGAAAGGGUAUCAAUGUUUCACGAUCUCGGGGGACAUCGACGAGGGGGAAGAACGAGAGAGCGCAGACGCUCACCAGUGCCCAUCCGCGAGCAUUGAAGGACUGCUGCUGAUGUCUGAUAAGAAACGCUGCUCAUUGUCGCUGAGCACGCUCUUGCCUCUUCCCUCUCUCAUUUCCG